UGAAAUGUUCUCUGACCUCUCCCCCUCCUCCCACACAUACACUACACUCACAUUCGUAGGAAGGAUCUGUACGGUGACAAUGGCUCCAGCAGCUAUCACUGUGCGUCUGCUGAAGGAUGGGGACUUACCUUCUCCCAGGCAAGUGACCCGACCAUACCUGGAGCAGGACUAUGACAAGCUGCUUCAGGAGUGUCUGCAACAAGGGCGACUCUUUGAGGAUCCCAUGUUUCCUGCGGAGCCCAAAUCAAUGGGGUACAACCAGCUGGGACCUUGGUCUUCAGAAACCAGAGACAUCCAAUGGAAGAGACCCCAGGAGAUCUGCCAAUCGCCGCAGUUUGUCUGCGAGGACAUGAAAUGGACGGAUGUGUGCCAGGGCCAGCUCGGGAACUGCUGGUUCCUGGCGGCGGCAGCCUCUCUAACCCUGUACCCCGCGCUCAUGGAACAGGUGGUACCUUCCCAGCAGAGCUUCACCACAGGGUAUGCCGGAAUCUUCCAUUUCAAGUUUUGGCAGUAUGGAGAAUGGCAGGAUGUUGUGAUUGACGAUCGUCUUCCAACAAAACAUGGAGAGUUGGUUUUCGUCAGUUCUGCACAGAAGACUGAAUUCUGGGCGGCGUUGCUGGAGAAAGCGUACGCCAAACUGAAUGGAUCGUACGAGGCCCUAAAUGGAGGCUGGAUUAACGAGGCAUUUGUCGAUUUCACUGGAGGUCUGGACGAAAGUAUUAAUCUUCAGCUUCCCCUUCCAAACUUGUAUCCACUGAUCCAAAAAGCUGUGGAGAAGAGGUCACUGAUGGGAACGUCAAUCAAUAUUGCGAACCAGAAUGAGAGUGAAAUGAAGACCCCGGAAGGAUUGGUGAAGGGUCACGCGUACUCAGUGAUCGGAGUGUACGAGGUGGAAAAAAAUGGUGGUAAAGUGCAACUCCUCCAACUGAGAAAUCCCUGGGGUAAGGUGGAGUGGAACGGACGCUGGAGCGACAACUCCCCCUUGUGGUCACAACUAAACCCUGCACUUCAAGCCAAACUUCACAUCAAAGCGGAAAACGGAGAAUUCUGGAUGCAGAUGGAAGAUUUCAUGCGCUGUUUCAACACCUUGGAAAUCUGCAAUCUGACUCCGGACUCUUUAUGCGAUGAAAAUGCUCAGUCGUGGAACGCAAACUCAUUCCAAGGAAGCUGGGUCAGGGGACAUAAUGCUGGGGGCUGCCGGAAUUACACAAGCACUUUCUGGACAAACCCGCAGUUCUUGGUGACCCUGAGGGAGGAAGACGAGGAUGAGGCAGGAAUAUGCACAUUGCUAGUGUCCCUAAUGCAGAAGGACAGGCGUCAGAAAAGGUCCGUGGGACGUGAUUUCCUGAUCAUAGGAUUUGAGAUCUUUCAGGUUCCAGAAAAGUUUGAUCAGAUGAACCUAGUGUCUCAGAGGAUGACUCUAAUCCCCAGUCUGAUUCCUGUGCGUCUCUCACCAUUUGUGGCCCAGCGAGAUGUGACCAGCCGGUACCAGCUGCCCCCAGGACGUUACAUGAUAAUCCCCAGCACCUUCCACCCACACGAACAGGCAGUCUUCAGCCUGAGGGUCUUCACAGAGAAACAGCACACACUCACGGAAAUUGACUAUGAGAUCAUGGCAGAGCAAUCCGUAUUCCAGGGAAGCCCGCUGCAUGGCUCUCUGGAAACGUUCAAUGCUCACUUUGCGCGGCUGUCCGGCCAGGACCAGGAGAUCAGCGCAGAGGAAUUACAAAGAAUACUUCUUCAGAUAACAUCUAAACACACCCAUUUGAAGACGGACGGGUUCACGCUUGAAACCUGCACAAGUCUGUUAAAUCUCGUGGAUCGUGACACCAACGGAAAAAUGAAUUUGGAAGAAUUUAAAAAAUUGUGGAGCAAAAUUAAAGACUGGGAGCAUAUUUUCAAAAAUUAUGAUAAGGACCAAUCAGGGACUAUGAAUGUGCAGGAGUUACGGGUAGCACUGGAGGCUGCCGGAUUCCAUUUGAACAACCAGUUUGUAGAAUCGCUUUGUCAGAGGUACGGCGAUGACAUCAUGAAGGUGGAUUUUGACAGCUUCCUCUCAUGUCUGGCGCAUCUCACCCACAUUUUUGGAAAAUGGCGCAGUUUGGACCUGGACAAAGAUGGGGUAGUCAGCGUCACUAAGCAGCAGUGGCUGAAAUUGACAAGUUUCCACUGAGUGCGGUUGCACCUUGCUAGCAGUAGAGGGCAGCACGUCAAGAACACAGAAAAUACUCCCAAACCAAUCCCUGCAUCUAAUGUGACGUCAAGGCACCAUGCGACCAUGCACAGGACUUCCAGCGCAAUUUACUCUGAAAUGCACUUUAUGAAACCAAACAGUGAUAUGCAGUUUUUAAAAAGAGGAGCAAAUUUAAUUUACACAAAGUACUAAAUGUACAUCAUUCUUUUAAAAAAAUCAUUAUACAUUAUAAAUACAGUACAAAUUCUUUAUAGUACUAUAUUCAGACUGUAAUGUUGGUUUGGGGGAGCUGGAGGGUGACAGAUGAGAUGGGGGAUGAGUUUAAUGUUUUGUGAUUCUUUUAAAAAUAAAACAGAAAAUGUAUUUGAAAAUGGCACA